AUGAAGUGCCUUCGGUGGGCAGGGAACAUGACCAACGCCCUGCAGACGGCUGCCAGAACGCUGAGGACGCUCGACUCGUUCAACACCCCAGAGCGGGAGUACUCUGAGCUCGCCGAGCAGCUGAGCAUCAUCAAGGAGGCCCUCCGAGACUUCUGGGGCGUAACGCUGGACUCGUGCAGCACGGCCCUGCGGCGACUAGAGCAGGUGGACAAGCUGGAGGCGCUGUCGGAGACCUGCAGCACGGCGUCUGGCUGCGCCUCCGAGGCGUCAAGCGAGGCGGACUGCGACAGCCCCAGGGGCUGCAGAAGCUGCGAGGCGCCUUCCGCGUCACCAGAUCUCGCCGACGAGAUCUGCAAGGGCGGGAGGCCGUGCUCACCGAGCGGCGCGUGGACCGCCCUCAUGCAUUGGGCGUGA